GGAAAGUGAGGGAGAGGCGAGGGAAAACUGAAUCCAACUGAAGCAAGCAGCAAUGGAGGAAAAAAGCAGCGGCGGCGGCGUUAGGCUUCACGUCGGCGGAUUAGGAGAAAGCGUCGGGAGAGAUGAUCUUCUCAAGAUAUUCUCUCCGAUGGGUACCGUCGAUGCCGUCGAAUUCGUCAGGACCAAAGGUCGUUCCUUUGCCUACAUCGAUUUCUCUCCAUCUUCCACCAAUUCACUCACCAAGCUCUUCUCUACAUAUAAUGGAUGUGUCUGGAAAGGAGGGAGGCUGAGACUGGAGAAAGCAAAAGAGCAUUAUCUAGCUCGCUUAAAGCGAGAGUGGGAGGCAGCGUCUUCUACCUCUGAUAACACCAUUAAAGCUCCCUCCGAUUCACCACCUGCCACUCACCUUAACAUCUUCUUUCCCAGACUCAGAAAGGUGAAACCUAUGCCACUUAGUGGAACUGGUAAACAUAAGUAUAGCUUUCAGCGUGUUCCAGUGUCGUCUUCUCUUCCAAGGAGCUUUUGUGAUUGUGAAGAGCACUCUAACAGCUCUCUCACUCCUCGGGAAAUACAUCUUCAUGAUCUGGAAGCGGUUAAUGUGGGAAGACAAGAAGCCGAGGUGAAUGUUAUGAACUCGGUGAUGAAUAAGCUCUUUGAGAAAAACAAUGUGGACCCCGAAGAAGACAAUGAGAUUGAAGCAGACCAAGAUAACCUCAUCAUCAAUGUGGCAUCUAGUGGCAAUGAUAUGGACUCAGCGCUGGAUAUGUUGUCUAGAAAACGGAAAUCAAUUCUCAACAAAAAAACACCAAGUGAAGAAGGAUAUAGUGAAGGACGAAAAGGGAACCUUACUCAUCCAAGCAAGAAUAGGCAAACAAUCAGCCUAGAGGAAACUGGAAGACAGGAAUCUUCACAGGCCAUACGUGGAAAGAAGAAGCCUUCUGAAGUGGUACCAGAUAAAUCAUCGGAUGAACCGAGCAGAACAAAAGAUCUUGAGCAGUCAAUCGACAAUAUUUCCUGGUCCCAAAAGUCUUCCUGGAAAUCACUUAUGGCAAAUGGGAACAGCAAUGAUUUUAGUGUAUCCAGUUUCUUGCCAGGUGUUGGCUCCAGUAAAGCAGUACAACCUGCACCACGCAACACUGAUCUUGCUGGGCUUCCUAGCCGAGAAAAUUUGAAGAAGAAGACGAAAAGAAAGCGUGUAACGUCUACAAUCAUGGCAGAGGAUUUACCUGUAUCAGAUGACAUAAAGAGGGAUGAUAGUGACACAAUGGCAGAUGACAUAGAGAGGGAUGAUAGUGAUGCUGUGGAAUAUUACACAGCUUGUGAAUCUAUGGCAGAUGACACAGCUAGUGACUCUGUGGCUGAGAGGGAUGAUAGUGAUGCUGUGGAAGAUGACACAGCUAUUGACUCUAUGGCAGAUGACCCAGCUAGUGACUCUGUGGCUGAGAGUGAUGAUGGGGAUGCUGUGGAAAAUGACACUGCUAUUGACUCUAUGGCCGAUGACACAGUUAGUAACUCUAUGGCUGAGAGCGAUGAUGGUGAUAAUGUGGAAGAUGACACAGCUAUUGACUCUAUGUGCGAUGACACAGCUAAUGACGAUGUAGGUUCAGACGACUCAGGAUCACUUGCAGAUACUGUUAGUGACACAAGUGUUGAAGCUGUCCCCCUGGAAUUUGUUGCAAACACAGAGGGCGAUAGUGUGGACGGCAAGUCGAAUGUGGAGAAGCAUGAAAAUGUAGCAGAGGAUUUGAAUGCAGAAAAGGAAAGCUUAGUCGUGAAGGAAAAUGUUGUAGAUGAAGAAGAGGCGGGUAAAGGACCGCUGAAAGCUAGUAACAAGUCAACAGGAGGUUCUUCAUGGCUUCAGAAGGCUUCGUGGACUCAGCUGGUUAGCGACAAAAAUACUUCUUCAUUCAGUAUAACUCAACUCUUCCCAGAUUUAACUUCAGACAAGGGCGAAGCAGCUGGAGUGAUCAACAAUGUAGGAAACCAGUUCUCCAACUCUAACCAGACUGCAAGUGCAAUGAAACAAACAGAUUACGCAUCUAGCAGCGGUGGUUUUGUGGCUGCGGGAGUCCCUGUGGAUAGUACCCCUGUGAGAAGUUUAGAUGAGAAUCGGCAGCGUCUGAAUGGUAAGAAUGUGAGUGAAGGAGCUAAAUUGGGUGCGAAGAAGAAGAUAAUUAAGAGAAAGGUUGGGUCGGGGGAUACUUGCACAUUUAUGAGAAGCUCGACUUCUUUGAAAGAGUGGGCAAAGGCUAAGAAGGCAUUGAGUGAGCCCAGGAGAAAGAAAAAUAGCGAAGAAUGAGUUAAUACUAUCAGAGGCUCUUCAAAUUAUGUAUCCCUCCACAGUUUUUGUGCUUAACACAAUACAAUGUUUUUUUUAAUUCAAGGUUUUAAGGUACACUUCUAUAAAAAGCAUUUCUCAUUAGAUAAGAUCUUUUUGAUG